AUGGAAUACGUUUUCGUUGACGAUUUACACAGAUAUAAGAGAUUAAAGGUUACGCGUGCUUGCGAGUCUUGUCGUCGAAGGAAAGUGAAAUGUGACGGAGGCUCAGGCGGCACUCAAACACCUUGCUCGAGCUGUCGAAAAUUGAAGAUUGAUUGCAUAUUUUCAAAUAUGGCGAUAAAGCGAACUGCCCCAAAAACAGAGGCCGAACAAAUGGACGAACGACUGCAACGAGUAGAAAAUCUGCUACAUAAACUUGACGAGGAUGAGAAACAUGUAAAGAAAGUAUACAGCGUCGAUUAUGUUGAUUCGCUGACAGAUAUCUUGGGACAUAUGAAAAUAGAAUAUAACGGUCGUGCGAAAUAUAUAUACACCGAAGAAGGAAGGCUACUUAGAGAAGGCGACAAAAGUAAUGAACAAGAAAUGAUGAUACUCACAGAGCCACCACUCCCUUUUGUGUUCACAAACAUCACGUCACCCGAUUCAGAAUUAGCAAAUAAUUUAAUUCAACUUUAUUUCAAGCACGUGCACCCAUAUGUCCCAAUUCUACACAAAGCUGAUUUCUUGCGUCGAUUAAAUGACAAAUCCAAUCCGCUAUCACCCCUACUGUUAUUUUCGGUAUUUGCGAUGGGUGCUAAAUUUUCGGAUGACCCGGCAGUAAGAGCAGAUCCAAUGAAACCGGAAACUGCUGGCAUCCCUUAUUAUAAUCGCGCUAAAGAUCUAUUAGAUGAUUUUCUAGACACGCCAAGAUUAUCAACGGUACAGGCUCAGAUAUUAAUAUUGAAAUUUCAGGAAGGAAUCCGUCGACCUGGUUUCUUUUUUAGAAGUUGGUUGUACUUUGGUAUGAUAAUUCGGAUGGCUCAAGAUUUGGGAUUAAAUAAAAAUUUCGAUAAAUGGAAUAUACAUAUUUCACGCGAAGAAUUAAUCACAAGAAAACGAGUUUGGCAAAUUUGUUUCUUGUGUGAUCAAUUCAUGAGUGGUGCACAAGGACGUGAUGUUGUAAUAUCUUUGAGUAACACUGAUAUAGACUUACCAUUAAAAGAUGACUAUUUGGAUGAGGAGGAAUUACAAAUUCAAACAGAUUUUGUACAUCUUGUACGACUCACGAAGAUUCUUUCAAGUGUAAUGUCAGUUAUUUCUUCUGCUGGAUCUGGCUCACCAUUGACCGCAUGGUCUUCAAAUCCAAAAUUACAAACGCUUGAUACUGCAUUGGAUGCGUGGAUAUUAGCACUUCCACCAAGACUUCAAUGUCCGCCUGCGUUAGAGAUUACCAGUAGUACUUUACCACGACCGCCUGUUUCACAUUUCGCUGGUUUCUUAAAUAUUCUCUAUCACACCAUCUUGAUUCUUUUGCAUCGACCUUACAUCACGAGUAUCGACAAUGGAAAGACUUCAACACCACAUCCUCAACAUUUGAACAUUUGUACAGUCGCGGCCAAUAGUAUUUCACAGACGGCGCAAUCAAUGUUUGAAACAUGGGGUCCAUUAGUAUUUCAAUUUCCGAUUAGAGGUGGAAAUUUUGGAGUCUAUUGUUUAGUUGCCGCUUCAAUGAUUCAUCUUGCGAAUAUGAGUUCAUCUGACAUGAGAUUCUCAAGACCAGCGACCGAUCACUUAUUGAGAACUUUACGAGUGCUUAAAGCUUGCGUUGAACACAGCGCUGCCUGGGAAUUACGUGAUAAAGUGUUGGCGUUAGAAUCAGCGUUCACAGCUGCACAACAACAACCAUCUGUAUUGAUGAUGUUUAAUACAGCGAAUCAGCUAGGGGUUGCUAGUUGUGCUGCUAAUCAUAUUCAACAUGCCGCAUAUCCAACAAGACCAUUACCCAAGAGACGAGCGACGACACAAAACGUUUCAUCAACGAUAAGUGCAGGACAAGAAAAUCAGCGUCAUAUGACGACCGGAAGUUUAUCGGAUAGCUUUACACAUAUGUCAUCACAUUCCGCUGCCACAACAUCCCAAUUCCAAGAUAGACCUUUUACACAAUUUAAUGGUCCAAUCCCCGAAUCAUUUACGUCAAUGCUAGCAAUGAAUAAUUCACAUUCAACAAAACAAAUGGAUUUAACUGGAUCUGUUGAUCCUAAUAAUACGUUUUGGGAUCCUGAUUCUUUAUUAGUUUGGAAUCAACAACAAGUUUGGUCAACAGCAGCUCCUGGGACUGGUGCAAUUAGUCCAGUGAGUAUUAGCACUUCACCUUCAGCCACAACUGGUUCAUCAACUGGUCAUCAAUCACCAAUUAUACAAUCAGCUGGAUCUCCAUCCGCAUCACUGGAUCAAAUUCAAUUCACUUCUAACAAUAAUACUGGUGACCAUCAAUCACCAAUAAUACAAUCGGUUGGAUCUCCAUUUAAUAACGUUGCAAGAUCUGCUUCACCUGUCGGAUCAUCAACGUCAUCAGUAUCAACACCUACUCAUAUAUCCCAACAGUUAACACCUGUGUUGGAUCCCGUGAUUCUUCCAUCACAGAAUCAUGAUGAAUUAUUAUUAUAUUCAGAAUUUUAA